ACGCUGCUCUUCAGUUUUUCUCAACAGCGUGAACCGUGCGGACGCAAAGCUAAUUCGCUCCCCCCGAAGAAAGCCGCUCAAACAUUUCUUGGGAAAAUUGUAACUGGUGACUUCCCUUUUCUCUCCACGCGUGUGUGUGUGUGUGUUUGUAGGUGUGUGAGUGUGUGUUUGUGUGUGGCUGUGCUCUGCUAGCCAGCACAGUGUGUGGUACAAGGGAAAAUUCGUUCAGUGCGUAAGGCGUGAAAAAUCAUUCCAUUGCCGUUGGGCUUACUCGCUCCCAGCGCUCUCGUGUGUCUGUGCUCCGUGACAUCAUCAUCAUCACCGUCAUCGCCAUCAUCACCAGCAGCAGCAUCAUCUGGGCGCGUUUGCAUCCAUCGGCGGUGGUGUAAAAGAGUAGUAGGCCGUGCCGAAGUGACCGGGUUGAUCAAAUCGUGCAGAAGCGUUACCGUGAAGAAUUUAGUGAAAAGUUUGUAUUUUAGAAAAACUGUUUUCAACCACCAACACACUACUCACGGGUGAACAAGUGAGGAAGCUGCCGCAGACAAGCGAAUCAUCUGUUUCAAUUUGUCGUCGUUAAGUGGGGAAAGAAUUUAUUCUCCUCCCAGCACGAAGUAUUAGGACGGAGGUUCGCCCGGGAAGCUACAGGCGCUCAACGACAUCGCAAACGAACGGAGUGCAAUCAUUUGUGAUAUUAAUAUUUACCUAUUUAUUACUACUGCAAAGCUCUACUGGUCUGACUGGCCUCUAGUGAGCCGCGACGGUGUUCGAUUGUUGGCAGUGUGUUGUGUAGUUAGCGUGAAGUGAUAUUGUAACGAAAUCGGUGACUAAUUGUGUAACAAAACAAAACAAAAAAACCAUUCCAAAAUCAUGGAGUUCCGCUUCAACAUGCAUCCCCUGUUCCGGGCACGGAUUGUUCGGAUAAAUAACUCGCUGCUGCCGACCGGCUUCGUUGCACAGUCCCGCCGCGUUGCACUCGAUGCCACGGCACAGAUUUCGGAGAUCAUUAACACGAUCGGCUCGAUGUCGGCACAGGCACAGGGCCUUUCCGUUCCGGUAACGACCGCCCAAAAGCUGCGCAACUCGGACCAUCACAUCUAUCUGAUGUUUGAAUCGAACGACAGAAAUGGUUUCGUCGUCGGCAUACUGAAGGUGGGCCGCAAAUCGCUGUACGUGUUUGAUCCGUCCGGCGAGACGGUCAACGUGACGGCACCGUGUGUGCUCGACUUUUACGUGCACGAGUCCCGCCAGCGCGGCGGUCUUGGGCGCGAACUGUUCGAGCAUAUGCUGCGGGAGGAAAACAUACAGCCGGACGAGCUGGCGAUCGAUCGGCCGUCCGAGAAGUUGCUCGGUUUCCUGCAGAAGCAUUACGGACUGUCCAAGAAGAUUCCACAGAUGAACAACUUUGUCGUGUAUGAAGGUUUCUUUGCCAGCAAGGCCCAAAACUCGACCGACAUCGAUGGUCGUCGCAUGCACAUCACUGCUAGUCCUAACACGAACCUGUUCGGGCCAACGUUUACCACGACGGAGGAGAGGCGUCGUUCCACCUCGCAGACCCGAACGAACGUCGCGCCGAUGCCGAUCAUUGCCCAACCGCCGGUCGGUCGGUAUGCGGCCAAGCGGCCAACCUGCAGCAUGGCACAGAUAAUUCACAACAGCCCCACAACAGUUUCAACGGAACCGAACAGCAAUUUUACCUAAAAAAAACACUCACCCAAAGGCCGGAGGUCACUGAUUGGCUUGUAAUGUAUGUCUUUGGUUUGCCCCUACCCACCCCGAUGAUGGUUCGUGUAUUUAAAAUUCGUCUAGGUCUUUGCGAAAUCUAGCCACACUGCGAUACCUGCGUACUCUAAUAUCGUGUUAAGCACCAGUAGCAAUUAAUGUACCGUGUCUAAAUUAAAUCUUCCCCGGUCGAAGCAGGAUUUACUUUAAGUUGUACGGCCCUUUGCCCCUAAUAUUAAGCUCACUGUAUUCGUUCGUCGUCUUCGGAUCUGCUUUGCAGAAAGUUUAUAAAAUCGUUGAAAGUAAUUUAUUAAACUCCCAAGUGCAAUUCCUGUUCAGGCAGGGUUCGGUUCCGUUCAAGUGUUGUGUUUGUGUACGCGUAAAAAUUGUUGUGCCGAGCUGUGGCCAACAGCACCCCACGGCAGAGCAACACAGAAUAAAAUCGCACAUUGUUCGCUUGUUA